GUUGGGGGAUGGAGGGGGCAAGAGCCAUGUACAUACUGGGACGUCCCACUGGAAAUGUCUUCUGAGCAAACUGGUGAGCCAGUUAGAUCUUCCUGGAGCCCCGCACACGGCUGACUUCUCUCCCCAUUGUCCCUGCUCUGCAAAGCUGAAGUCUUUGAAGAUGAGGGUGUGGAUUGUCUUCCUCCUGUGCCUGGCUGGCCAUGCCAUCGCUGCUCCUACCGAGGAGGAACCGCUUGUAGAGGAGCUGGUUACUGAGGAGGCAGUUGUUGAGGAACCAGAGGUGGGAGCCAACCCAGUGCAGGUGGAGGUUGGAGAGUUUGAUGAAGCCAUUGAGGUUGAUGAUGUUGCAGCUGAAAAUCCCUGCCUGAACUACCACUGCAAGAAGGGCAAAGUGUGUGAGGUUGAUGAGAGCAACACCCCCUUGUGCGUGUGCCAGGACCCCUCCACCUGCCCCCCAGCUGAGGGAGAGUUUGAGCAUGUUUGCGGCACUGACAACAAGACCUAUGACUCCUCCUGCCACUUCUUUGCCACCAAGUGCACUCUGGAGGGAACCAAGAAGGGCCACAAGCUUCACCUUGACUACAUUGGACCCUGCAAAUACAUCGAGCCCUGCCUGGACACCGAGCUGAAUGAGUUCCCUCUCCGUAUGAGGGACUGGCUGAAGAACGUUCUGGUGACCCUAUACGAGCGUGACGAGGACAACAAUCUGCUGACUGAGAAGCAGAAGCUUAGGGUAAAGAAGAUCUAUGAGAACGAGAAGAGGCUGCAGGCCGGUGACCACUCUCUGGACCUCCUGGCUCGUGACUUCAAGAAGAACUACAACAUGUUCAUCUUCCCUGUCCACUGGCAGUUCGGCCAGCUUGACCAGCACCCCGUCGAUGGAUACCUGACCCACUCUGAGCUUGCUCCUCUGCGUGCUCCCCUCAUUCCCAUGGAGCACUGCACCACCCGCUUCUUCGAGACAUGUGAUGCUGACGGCGACAAAUACAUCGCCCUGGAGGAGUGGGCCUCCUGCUUCGGCAUCAAAGAGCAGGACGUGGAUAAAGACCUCAUCAUCUAACUUCUUUUAAUGUGCAGCAAAAGUUUGAGACAAACUUCUAGUCACAAACAACCAGAUAAGGUGCUGAUGAUCCAUAAGUUAAUGAAAAAAUAAAAUAAAAUACAGUCAAGGUGCUAAUUGCAAGCUUGUUGUUUCUUUCCUAUUAUCAAUUAUCUUUUUCUAGCUAUACCACUAAAACAUUUCCAAAACGUUUAAGUUCACAGUUGGUACUAACCAUCAGAUAUUUGUGAACAUUUGAAUUAUUUUGUUUUUUGAAGAAAAA